AUGGGUAAUUGUCCGAGUUAUUGCUGGCGUAGUAUUAUGGCUGCUCAUGGUUUGGUUUGUGGAGGUGUAAGAAGGAGAAUUAGUGAUGGUAAAGCUACUUUAAUUUGUGGACAUCCUUGGCUCCCUGAUGAGCCAAGUCCAUUAAUUCAAACUGCUAUGCCUGAUGAGUUGAGUGGUGCAUUGGACCCAAGGGGUUGCUACACAGUCAAAAGUGGGUAUAGACACAUUAUUGGUAAUGAGGAUGUCCUGGGGUUUUUUGAUAAAUGGAUCUCCAUUUGGAAGCUACAUGUUCCUCAUAAAUGGAAACAUUUUCGCUGGAGAGCUCUUAAUGAUAUCCUCCUCACCACUUUGAAUUUGGUUAUAAAGAUAGUUGAUGUGGAUCUUAAAUGCCCAAAAUGUGGUCUAGUUCAUGAGAAUGUCAUGGAUGCUUUGAUAUUGUGUGAUUACUCUCAACUUGUUUGUGUUAUUGGAGGGUCAGAAAUCAAGCUGUCUGGGAGUAACAUUACCGUCACCGAAUGCAGGAGGAGAGCAGCCGUGUCGCUGCUAAACUGGAAGCACGCGAAUGGACGAACCCAGCAGUCGUCCCCCACCGAUGUGCUACCUCAGUCUUCAGGCCGUCCAAAAUGCUUCUUCGAUGCGGGAUUCAGGCCGGCGUCGGGGUCAGCGUCAUACGCGGCUGUGUUGUUGGCGCAUGAUGGGAGCUUCUUAGCAGCAUGCAGUGGAUUGCUUGCGGAUUGUUUUUCACCUUUGAUGGCGGAGGCCCUUGCUUGUAAGGAAGUGUUAUCUUGGCUUAAGGAUCGGGUGUAUUAG